UGCGUUAGGUGAAGCAGCCGCGAGUGUCUUGUUUCUCGUCGCAUCUCGCGAGAUUUGUGGCACGGACUAGCGAUCUGUGGUCCUAUUUUGAGCCGCAAGGUUAGUAUUUCCGCGAGUCGGUGCAAUUCGUGCUGCAAGUAAAUAGAGAGGUGCGAUCCGAGUGCGGCGGGAAGCGAGCCGUUGCGCGCGUGGUGCGGGCCGAAAAUGCGUUGAGUCGCGUCACCGCGCCCCAUUCCGCGCGAGCCGUGCUAGCCAGAGCAGCGACGACGACCACUCACAAUACAGUCGGCCAGCCGCCAUGUCUUUGAGCAGCUGAGCUCACAUCGCCGCCGAAUCCGCCAGCCGAGCCGGAGAGUCGGCCGACCCGCGUCGGCACGCUCGAGUGCAGCGCCGCUGCGAAUGCAGGCGGCCCCCCCGACGUCGUCCGCGUCCCCUUGUGCGUCCGACGGAGACACCGGCCGAUUGUGUUAGUACAGUGUGCCAUGCUGCGUGAUUUCGGCCGAGCAGCAGCAAAAGUAGCAGAAUCGACGAGUGUUUGAACGCCAACGAGAGCCGAACGUGCACUAGCAACAACAGUCAUCAUGUCGUCGACGACGACGGCGUUCGUCGACCGGAUAGACCCGUUCGCAAAGCGCUCCCUCAAGAAAAAGCAAAAGAAGUCGCAAGGUUCUUCGCGCUAUCGAAACUCUGGCGACGUCGAGCUGCAGCAGCUGCCCCUGCUGAAAGAUGUGCCGUCUAUGGAGCAGGAGGAGCUGUUCAUCCGCAAGCUGCGGCAGUGCUGCAUUGGCUUUGACUUUAUGGACCCGGUGGCCGACCUCAAGGGCAAGGAAAUCAAGCGCGCCUCCCUCAACGACCUUGUUGACUACAUUACCGCAGGUCGAGGUGUUCUCACCGAGCCUGUAUACCCUGAGAUUAUUAAAAUGAUCUCGGCCAACUUGUUCCGCACAUUGCCACCCAGUGAGAAUCCGGACUUUGAUCCCGAGGAGGACGAUCCCACGCUGGAGGCAUCGUGGCCACACCUGCAGCUGGUGUACGAAUUCUUUUUGCGGUUUUUGGAGUCCUCAGACUUCCAACCAGCGAUCGGCAAACGAGUCAUAGACCAAAAAUUUGUUUUACAGUUGCUAGACCUGUUUGACAGCGAAGAUCCUCGAGAACGCGACUUUUUAAAGACGGUGCUGCACCGCAUCUAUGGCAAGUUCCUCGGUUUGCGCGCCUUCAUCCGCAAACAGAUCAACAACAUCUUUCUCAGGUUUAUAUACGAAACAGAACACUUCAAUGGAGUGGGCGAGCUGCUGGAGAUACUGGGCAGCAUCAUCAACGGCUUUGCGCUGCCCCUGAAGACAGAGCACAAGCAGUUCUUGGUCAAGGUGCUACUGCCACUGCACAAGGUCAAGUGCCUCUCGCUGUACCACGCGCAGCUGGCCUACUGCGUGGUGCAGUUCCUUGAGAAGGACGCUACCCUCACCGAGCCCGUAUGCCGGGGCCUCUUGAAGUAUUGGCCAAAGACCUGCAGCCAGAAGGAAGUCAUGUUUUUAGGAGAAGUAGAAGAGAUUCUCGAUGUCAUCGAACCAUCGCAGUUUGUUAAAAUUCAAGAUCCAAUGUUCCGGCAAAUUUCAAGAUGCGUCUCCAGCCCCCACUUCCAGGUCGCCGAGAGAGCACUCUACUUCUGGAAUAACGAAUACAUCAUGUCUUUAAUAGAGGAGAACAACCAUGUGAUUAUGCCAAUCAUGUUCCCAGCGUUAUAUCGAAUCAGUAAGGAGCACUGGAACCAGACCAUAGUGGCCCUCGUGUACAAUGUGCUCAAAACCUUCAUGGAGAUGAACAGCAAAUUGUUUGACGAGUUGACAGCGUCAUACAAGACGGAGAGACAAAAGGAGAAGAAGCGAGAGAAGGAGCGAGACGAGCUGUGGAAGAAGCUGUCCGAGAUAGAGAUAAACCACAAUAACAAAGUGAAAGAACCUGGAGACUCGAAAGCAGCCGCCGGCAAGUGAUAGUCAGCGCCGCCGCAUCCGUCGCGCGCCGCCGCCUCCGCCAGCUGCAGCAAGUCGGGCGCCACCGCCUGCGUCGAGCCGCCGCCACCGCUGCUGGCCUCAACGGUGGCCCCGGCAGCGGCGGCCACGGCCAGCGGCCGCCUCGGCGAGUGUGACAUUUGAACGCAAGCAUACGGACCUUGGAUGUGUGACCGAGAGAGAGACUGCCAAACGAUGAUGUCCUAAAUUAUGAUUUAUCUUGCCCUGCCCCCCCCCCCCCACUCCACACUGCAGACACGAGGAAGGUGAAGGAGCUACUCUUUAACGGAAAAGGAAAGAAAGGAAAAUAUCACUAAUAGACUCACCGUGGAUUAAAAGAAACCUUACAAUUUAGAUUAGGCCGUGCUUUUCUCAGCAAGUUGUUACACAGAAAAGAAGAAAACUAAUUAACAGUUAGACGAGUUAAAAAAUGUGGGAAAAUGUCCUCUUUGCCGCUUUCUGUUGGGACAACUAUUUAUAUAAAAAGAAGAAAAAGUACUUGUUGAAGCCAUUAACCGCGAAUAAGGAAACGCUGUAAGCCAGUGAAGUUCAUUUUUACCUCGCACCGGGCGAGCCGCCGCCUCGAGACGCACGCGCCCCCCGAUCAGUUGACUAAAACGUAAUAAUCGCUAUACUUUUGCCAUAUCAACCUCGGAGGGACAGAGUGGGGGAGGAGAAUUGAGGCGGCGGUAGCGUUCCGCGGUGCCACAGCCAGGGGUUGCAAAGUUAUUUUUCUUCCAAGAAGAGAAAAACCCAAAAAAACCAAAAGGCGCGAAAUCCCCUUCCGUCAUUGUCCGUAAAAGAAAAGUGUUUCUGUUUUAAAUAUAAUGUGAUGCAAUAUAAAUAACUAAAAUACAAGAAAAUAUGUACUUGGUAAAUGGUGUAGCUCAAAUUAUUAUUAUCAUCAUCAGCAGCAUCUGUCAGAACGAAAAGAGCUACUAAUCGCAGAUUCUUUUAAGAAAGAAAAAAUGCACCAACCACGCAAAUUGCAAUCAUCUGUGUUUAUAUAAUUAUGAUUCCCCCCCCCCCCCGUGUCCUCGCUAAUUCCGUGCGAGCGUAAUUACGUUUUUGUCGUCUUGAAAGAACCACAACACAGACAGAUCAAUUCGGUCGCUCUAUUUUUGCUGCCCAUUCAGUAGCGUGUCCAGACAGGGAAACAGUUCUCGAAAGGCAUGUGACAAAGAGAAACAAACGUAGUGAGCCGUAAUUUAAUAAUAAUUUUGCAUCAAGACUAACUGCAUGAGUCAUUCUGUAAUAAAUAUUAGCGUUUCCUUUUUCCUCAGCCGGCAUUUCAGUUUUUCUUCCAAUACAUGGUAGCGUUUUUAUUGCUAAAAAGGGCAUACACAGCUGAUAAUUUAAUAAGACUCCAGAAAACGGUUUUCUUCUAUUUUGUCCUCCUAGAAAAAGAGAAAAUUCCUCACGUGUAACCACUUUUUCUAAGCAGAGAGGAGUUUUUUUGUAUCUAAAAGUUAGAUUCUUAUAAUGAUAAGUGAGCAAAGCGAAUACUGUAUUUUUCGGCAUCACAUUUUUUCGCUUUUCAACGGAGGUUGUUUUUUAUGUAUCCAAAGAGUAAAAAUCUGUCUGCCUGCGUGCUUGUUCACUCUUUACCGCUCAUUGCAUCACAUAAAAUCCAUUUCCAACCAAGUCGCCUCUGCGAAGCAAAAAUCGAGCAUCUGGGAGAAGUCUUCUUAGUGAGGGCUCAGUAACAAUCUUUGUUUUUUCAUCAACUGCGCUUUUGUUUUUCCGUUUUCGCUUGCUUGGGCCUGGCACUGAGGCGGAUUGGGCCAAUUUUUCUGUGUUGGAUACGCUAAUACGAGUAUGUCGCUUGUUCUGAUUUUUCUCAAACUUUUCUUGCCGCCAAACACAAGAUUAUAAUUUUCAAAACCGUCGACUGGCACACCGAUCAUCUCUUUUUACGGAAAAUCAAACAAAGUGUGCGUGGAAUUUUUAGGAUUUUGAUAAAACGCAUCAGGGAAGGGGGAAUAUAGCACUUUUUACUGAUUUUAACCUGUUGUUUUGAAGCGAAGUAAAUAUUUACGAUGAGGCUCUCUUGUGAUCAAACAUUUUGAGUUGAGCGAGUUAUAUCUCUGUGUGUCAAAAGUAGUAUAAAUCGAAAAAGCGCGGUUUGAGUGUUGCAAAAGUAUCCGUACAAUUAUGGCUGACUCCCACACACAGACACUCACACAACACACACACGCCCCAGAAAGAAAAAAAGAGUUAUUAUGUAAUCUUAGUGCUGAUCUUUCGUCCAACAAGUUCAAAAUGAUUGUUCAACAGAAAAGUUACGAUAAUGCUUGCCAAUUGUGUACUCGUUUGUAUUAUUGUUCGUUUACGAUUAUAAUUCUUAACACACACGCGCGCGCAUACAUAAAUUAAAAAUGCAUACAUUUAGGUGAACGAGAGAGAAAGAAAGAACGAAAGUACGAAUCCGCCUGUUUUCUCCUCCUUCGUUUUGGAAUACGUGUAAUUUAUUGCGCUUUGAAGAGGCACGUUGGCCCUCAGCAAGAAGUGUGCGCCUCGCGGAAAAGCGGGGGCGCCGAAAGACUCAACGAAAAGUGCUUCGUGAGUGCUGCUGCUGCUCUGACAUUUUUAAAAGAAAACAUUUUUGUUGAAAAGAGUAAAAAAGAGUGCCAACGUCCUCUGUGUUCGUCCCCACGGAUGACGAAUAAUUAUCUUUCCUUCUGCAGUCGCCAGGAGUAUAAUUCAGUUUCCCGUUAAAUAGCUUAUUUGUUGUGCGGAGUAUGUGUUAACGAGAGGAUUACCCGUUUGAAAUUUGCCGCCCCCACAGAAACACGUAAACAGUCACAAAAAUGAGAUGUGUAAUUAUAAUUAUUAUGCCCGGCCCGGGAGACAGAAAACCGAUUCUUGUGUAUUAAACGACGCGUUAUUGCCUUAGGAACUGAAUGCUGCCUCUUUUGCUCUCAUCGUUGGUUGACGAAAAAUCCGGUAACGUAACGAUUAUAUAUUGUACUAUUUUCUCGAGCGCGACACUUUGGUUCUGUAUUAAUAUACACAACACACACAUAACACACACGGAUUAUUAUUACAAAGAUGUAAAUGUUAUUCGGUGAAUUCACUCACUCACAAAACAACACACACAAGGCAAACAAAGUAAAACGCUGAGCUCCUUUUUCUGUACUUACUUAUUACUUCACUACUUGUUAUCUUUUAGGGUUGAAACUCAUUUAUUUGUUUGCUUGUGUCGACAAAUGUACGUACGCCAAAUGGAUGAAAAAUGAGAAUUUACUAACUGAAGCAAUUCGUAAUUUAGUUUGUUGGUUUUUUGAAUAAAAAAUAGUUUUUUGUUUACUGAUAAUUUUAAUGUGUAUAAAAAUAAUAAAAAUAUAAGUGAA